UCUCACUAGUCAGUGCCUCAGUCAAUAACUCUAAUAAAUUUUGUAUUUUUAUUUUUUGUCCAUAAUCUGAAUAUUGAAUAAUAUUAAAACGUCGACCUUGUUCCCUAUCCCGGAGGGCAUUUCAAGUUCAUAUUAUAACUAAUAUUAUUAUUGACCAGUGACAAUUAUAAAUUUUUUUACCAAUAAUAUCUGUGGUCUGUAAUAGUUAUAACUCCGAUAUACGCCUUAUUACUUUAAGAAUCGAACGUUGACGAACGUCCUAAUAUCCUAAAUCAUGUCGGUCGUCUACAAAGCCGUAAUUUCAGCAGCCGAUAAAGUUGUACCACGGGGCUUGAGGCCACUCUGGGAACAUCCGGCGGGUCCAAAGACAAUUUUUUUCUGGGCACCCGCAUUUAAAUGGGGCUUGGUUAUUGCUGGCAUUGGAGAUAUUACUCGCCCAGCAGAAAAAAUUAGCAUAUCUCAAUGUUCAGCAUUAGCUGCUACUGGUAUCGUGUGGUCACGAUAUUCACUUGUAAUCAUUCCGAAAAACUGGAGCUUGUUUAGCGUAAAUGUUUUUGUGGGUGCUACAAAUUUAUAUCACUUGGUCAGAGCUUUUAUGUACCAACAAGAACAAAAGAAAGCAUUGGAAAAUGGCAGUAAAAGUGAUAAUUAGACAUAAAUACAUAUUAUGCAUUACAAUGUAAAGUUGAAUGAUAUAUUAAUUAUAAUCUGUUCUUGUUGUAUAAAAU